ACUUCUGGCCCCCAACAUCAUGCAGAAACAUUUCUUAGCAAAUGGAGCGGAGCAAGUUUCAAAACAGGAAAUCGAGCACUGCUACUAUCAUGGAACCGUUCAAGAUUAUCCCGGUGCGACUGCGGCGUUUCACACGUGUAACGGUGUCAGCGGUGUCAUUCACGUGGGCAACGAGACGUUUGUUAUACACCCUUUUUACGGAGGCGAUCUUUCGCAGAAACAUCCACACGUGAUCUUUGAAGCUCGAACCAAGGCAAAUAAGGGUUGCGCAAAUUCUGGCAACAUGGAAUGGAGGUUGAAUGCACAUGCAGGGUUCCUUCCGUCACAAAAUAGGGAUCGUCUUAAGCGAGACGUGAGGGAGGCGACCAAAUACAUCGAAACUGCAAUGGUCAUCGAUAAGGCGAUGUUCGAAAAAAGAAACGGAAGUACGCGGGCCGAAGUGGUGCACGAUUCGAUUCAAGUUGCCAAUAUUGCGGAUCUUUAUUUUCGUACGUUAAAUACGCGAGUGUCGGUAGUUUAUAUUGAAACGUGGCAGGGCGGAAAUCAGGUUCAAAUUGACCGGACUCAAGAUAUCAGUCGCGCUUUAUCUAAUUUUAAUGAUUAUACGUCUAGGAAACUUUUUAAAGUGGAUAAGGAUACGACGCAGUUAUUAACUGGUGAGGCUUUUGUAGGUGGUGAGGCCGGCAUGGCCGUUCCUGGCACUGUCUGCACGGCAAAAGCAGUCGGGAUCAGUGUCGACAUUAAUACGUACGAGCCUCAUUUACUUGCCGGCACGAUGGCCCAUAUGAUCGGACACAACAUCGGUAUGGGACACGACGAUGGAAGGGAAGAGUGCCGAUGUUGGGACUGGCAUGGGUGUAUCAUGGCUCAGGCUAUCGUAGGUUUAGACAACGUGCAGCCUUAUAAAUUUUCGGAAUGUAGUCUUUCCGAUUACAUAGAUAGGCUUAGAACGGGGAACGGCAUUUGUCUUCUAAAUAAACCCAACGAGUUAGAGGUACGAAGAACUUGCGGCAAUAGAGUAGUGGAAGAAGGUGAAGACUGUGAUUGUGGUACCAUAGACGAGUGUCCAACGGUGGAUCCUUGUUGUGAUCCAAUCACGUGUAAGUUAACUAAGGAAGCGGAGUGUGCUUCGGGGCCCUGCUGCGACAGCUGCAGGUUACGUGAGAGAGGGGUAGUUUGCAGGGAGUCAACAAACGAAUGUGAUCUGCCGGAGCACUGUUCGGGAGAAACGGGAGACUGUCCCACCGAUGUCUACAAAAAGAACGGCAAUUCUUGCGGGGAAAAUACAGGGUACUGUUUUAAUGGUGUUUGUCCAACGCUCGCGAUUCAAUGCGAACACAUAUGGGGAGGAGUAGCGGGGGAUGUUCAAUGUUUUGACCAAUUUAAUUCUAAAGGUUCACUUAAUGGACAUUGUGGUAGUGACGGUCAGGGAAAACUUCUUAAAUGCUCGCCGGAACACGUUAGGUGUGGCUCUCUGCAAUGUCAAGGAGGGAAUCGAUAUCCACUGGUGAAGGGCUUGGAUGAAUCAUAUUCUAGAACAAUAAUUUCCAUUAAAGGAGUCGAAUAUGAGUGCAAAGCUACAAGUGGUAUUCUCGACAAAUCUGAUCUUCCGCCCCUUGGUCUCGUGCGCGACGGGACUCCAUGUGGAGAAAACCUCAUUUGCCUUAAUCAGACUUGCACCAGUAUUUUUCCACAUAUAGAUCAAGCAAAGUGCCCUAGUAAUCAAAAUAAUCUCGAAUGUUCCGGCCACGGGUAUUGCACGAACAGUAAUAAAUGUUAUUGUGAGCCUGGAUGGAGCGGACCUGAUUGCUCGAUACAAGUGGAACUUACGCCCCCACUACCCACAUCGCCUCCCCAAACACCGAAAUCCGUUGGUAACUUACAAGAAAUAAUGAGGAAGAAAGAAACCCCCUACGAGGAUUAUCACGGAUCCAACACGAUUUUUCUUGUGGGCGUUCUGUUGUCGGUGGUAGGGGGUGUUUUCCUUGUGUUUACGUCUGCAGCUCUAUGCUACAGGUCAGUCGUAGUACACAAAAACUUCUCGUUCUGCCUCAGGAAGACGACGGUUCGCAAAUACCAGAAACCGUACAUUAAAAAGUCGGCGUCGAAAAAGUACAGCGUCCCCACCGGAAAUCAUUCUCAGGAGGACUCCCUUGAUAACGCGAACAAGAUUUUGGGGAAUAUCGCAUCGUACAGUAGCCGCGCCGAUUCCCAACGAGUUUUAUUCCGACCAGCCAAUCAUAUGGGAGCAGGGAGUUCUUCGCAUUUCCAAGACCACAAGAUGCAACAAUUGCAAAGGAUAGCCGCGGGGCCGGGAAGUGAGGAUGAUGCUAUCAUUUCUGGAGAAGAAGAAGCCGUAUCCUUCAUAGAUCUUCAGCAUAAUAACCUUAAGCUUCCAGAGAAGAAGGGCAUACUUAAGAAGCAUGUUUAUGGUAUGGUCAUGGGAUCCGAUGGCAAGGAAGGUUGGGGCGAUGGGUCGCGCAGUGAUGAUCUUAUGGCUCCCACACAAGAAACGGUUAAUCAGCUUAUGAGCGGCGCUAGUAUGACGGAGGUCGAAAGGACGCUUAAAAGUUUGAACGGGUACCACGAUGAUAUACUUCAAGCGCUUAGAAAUGCAGCCAGUCAUAGAGGUGCAUCCGCGACUCCUUCAGGUAGCAGUACGGCACUUAGUGAAGAUAUUUUAAGAAGGAGUUUGCAAGAAUGCGUUAUGAGUUACCCGGAGUAUAAGCGAUCUAGUAGUCAGGAUAAAAUCAUGGAACCACAGGUGGUAGUGGAAGCUGAGGACGAGGAGGAAGAUGAAGUACCUCCAUGUGGACCAAUUCGUAUCCGUAACUUAGAGGAUCUUAUACGCCAAUUAGAACAUCAUUCCAGACACAUGAGUCCAAGCGGAUCGGAAGAUAUCAGAAUGUCAGAAACAGAGGCCGAUCGGCACUAUCGUCAAGAGUCGUCUUCGGCCUGUAGUGAAAGCUCUCAUCAGUCUCAUCGAGAUUCGCGCUUCGUUUACGGGCGGUACCGUCAACCGUCGAGCCGUUUAGCUUACCCUCAUCAUCCAGCGGAAGAGGAGAGUAUCUACGAAAGUGCAGAUCACGAUCGAGGACAGCCGUGCGGGGAUACUCCGGAUAGUGAAAGUGAUGAAUUUAUUCAAGCUCAACAACAGUUAGCACGAUGGGCGAGUGAGGAUGGUGUGGGACAGGCGGGACCGAGUGGAGCAACUCCUCGAGAGUACUUCCCAUCGCCAAGCAGUUCGGCAAGCGAAGAACCACCGAGCAUCGCACGCGCUCCCGUACCCGCUCCGCCCGCUGUCCCAGUGCAUCCAGAUCACGCCACCAUCCACAGGCCCAAACGUUAUCCGGAAUAUAAACACUGAUAGUGACUUACAGGGUAGUAUAGAAUACCAGAUUCCUUAUAGCGAAAGAGAAACAGGCCCAUCAAGCAUCGGUUUCCGACUGAUAAUUCCUAUGGAACGGCAUUCUUAAAACCCGAUCUUCAUUAAAAAGACGUUUAAAAAUGUGUAUA